AUGGUCGAAGGUCGAUCGACGUCCUUCGGAUCUAUGAGCCAAAGCUCGCAAAUGAGGAGUGCAGAGGGGUUGAUUCCGAAAGAAUUCGGACAAGACGCCAUUGAGAUUCCCGGUUCACGAGCUCUGUUGGACAAGCUCGAAGAGCACCUUGUCCCAUGGUCCAUUGUUACCUCAGGCACGCGACCUCUUGUGCAAGGCUGGCUCGAUGUCAUGAAGCUGGCGCACCCCAAGAAUCUCGUAACGGCAGAGGAUGUGCCCAACGGCAAGCCAGACCCGGCGCCGUACCAGAUGGGUGCAAAGAAGCUGGGGCUGCAGGAAAACAAAUCUUCUAUCAUUGUCUUCGAGGAUGCGCCUGCAGGCGUCAAGUCUGGAAAGGCAGCAGGGUUCGUCGUGGUGGGACUUUACACCACACAUACGCUAGAACAGCUGAUAGAAGCUGGCGCAGAUUACAUUGUCAAGGACAUGCGCAGUGUCACGCUGACAUCAUGGGACAAAGCAACAGGGCAAGGAGACAUACAGAUCGCAGAUGCCUUAGUCUAA